AUGGCCGCUCCUGUCUCUCGCCAGAUCCUGGCGUGUUUCAACCACUUGCUGCCCGACAUCGCGGCGCGCGGUGUGCCGCUGGAGAGGCUGGGCUUCAAGCCUGGCGACUGGGGCAGCGGAGUCGCCUCGGCUGUCGCCGUCGACGCGUGGGACUUGGCCGUGCUGCUGGAAUGCGGAUUCAGAGCGACCGAUCGCUGCGCCAAGGUCCUUUCCGCGGCGGUGGUGGCGUUGAGUCGCCCAGUUCAGUGGCCGACCAUGAAUGCCAUCGCCCAGCCGCAGUUGGGCCGCCGAACCGUUAAGAGCUGUCCCCGGUGGGCGCAGUCGCGCGCGCGCGCAGUGCCCGCCGGGGAGGUGGCGCGAACAGUGACCGCGCUAUCCAGCCAGCCCCGUCGCUCGAGCUUGGCGGUCGUCCUGAGCGACGAGAACGCUGCUGGCAUCGCGUCGGCGCUGAGCUCCAUCUGGAUGGCGAUGCAGGAGCAGAUGCACGGGCACCGCGCGCAGCUCAAGACUGCGCUCCGCGACGAGGCAUCAAAAGUGCGGGCGCUCAGGCAGGUGAUGGAGCGAACUCUUCGCGGAGGCGCACCCGUGCAGCUGGGCUUCUCCGACUUGGAGGAGUGGUUGGCAUCGAGUGACCCUUGCCGGUCGCGCUUUGCCAGAGGCGUGCGAGGCCUCGGCGACGCGCUCGGCGACCGCUGCACGUGCGGCGCGGUUUCUUUCCGCAGUCGCCAGCCUCGCUUCGGCGACGUCGCGCCCAUGACAGAGUGGUUCCCCUACGCGAUGCAUCAGCUGAAGAACUCCGCCGCCCGGAAGUUCCUCAGCGGGGGCAUCGCCUACGCCGAGCAGGGAGGUCUGAUCCGAGUCAACGGCGCGCUCGAUGACGACGACUCCAGCGACCUCGUGCACCUGGUGGUUCCUGUGGACGCGCCCUUGAACGUCCGCGAUCGCAUGGCGCUGGUGGUCGAGGAGGGCGCCCUCAAGGCCGCGGCGGAGGAGAUUCUGGACAUCACAGGCGGCAAGAAGGGGCCGUUGUUCGUGCGCGCAGCGCACUUCGGCGAAUUCCACAUGCGCGCGUCCGUGGUGGGUGAGGAUCGACAAACCCUUCGCCUCCAGCGAGGCUCGUUCGCAUCUGGCCGGGCGUUCUUCUGCGUGGGUGAUUAUGUCGGGGCAGAGUCCAAUGCCAUCGGAGUCUUUCUCAGGAGCUUUGGCGAGGUGCCGUCGCCGGUUAUGGGCCAAUACUCGGCUGGGCUGGCCGAAUCUAUAGAGCGGGAAAGAGUUGCCGCGGACGAGGCGCGCGCCAAGGAGCUUCGGGAUCGCAUCGCGCAGAUGGCGCGCGACGCAGGGGGCGAGGCCACUGCUAGCAGGCUGCUGGGGACUGGGCAGGGAGCGUGCCCGGGCGUCGACGACGUGAAAUAUUUCUGCGGGGUCCUGGGCGGCCAGAUCGUCGUCGAGCAUUACGAGAACGAGGCGAACUCUGUUCAGAGCGUCUACGGCGAAGGCCCGUUGACAGCGCUUUUUCGGCUUCAUAAGCAAUCAUCUGGGGGCGGGCACGAGGUCGACCAUUGGUCGCGUCUGCAGAGUUGGGUUCCGCGAGUUCCAGAGGCCUGUGCGCAUGAGAGCGAGCGCGAGGAUGCGCCCGCCGAUCCGAUUAGCGACGAGAGCUCCACACAGCGACGGUUGAAACUUCCAGGCGCAGCUACAAGCAGUGCUGAAUUCGACGAGUUCAUGAUGGGGGUGGAGAGAGAGCGGAGCUGGUUGGAAAAUUUAACGCCAGACCCUGAUCCGCCUGCUCAGAGCAUACUCGUGCAGACGGAGGCGGUGAAGGCUCUCAUAGAGAAGAAGUGCGCCUCUUGGGACCCGUACCUGAAGCGGAUUGCCCUGGGGGCGCUAGCUAUGUAUCGAUGCCGGCUAUCCGACAUCUACGUUCGAGAGUACGUCAUGAUGAUGCACAUCGUACUUGGCGGUGACUACCUCGUCGCCCACAAGUACGAAGGUCUCAUGCCAGAGAUUGCGCAUGUUGCUCUGAAGGAGUACCUCUUGACAUUAGAGGGGCUCUUCCGGUCGUUGACUGGCGACCUUCGGCGGGGUGACGAGGCCGUGCUGUCCGCUAUCGAGGGGUCGUUGGAGAAGAGCGGGCCGGAGGCAAAGAAGGCGUUCCCCGCGUGGCGCGACAACGCCAUCUUCAACAGAGGAGGCAAAGGCUUUGGCAAGGGCGGCGGCGUGGGAGGCGCGGGAGACACUGCGGUAGAAUUCGAUGGCCUCACGCAGACGGAAGCGCAUGGACUGGGGGGAGAUGCGCCCGCGCUGGCGGACGACAGCGCCGCGCGCAGCGCGCCGUGGUACAUUGCGAUCGCAGCGAGCGUUGCCCGAGUUGGGCGAAGCUUACAGAUCCAGAUGAUUCAGAACAAGCUGCCGUCGUUCUAUUGCGAAUGGUGCGAAACUCCGCGCCCCUCCUACCGGGGCGUCGCCCGCCCCGACAUCGCGUUCGUCUACGACCAGGGCGGACGCCCGAUGAAGCAAAUCGCAAAGGAGAGUGAACGCAGGAGCAUACACAUCGGCAUACCGCACAACAUCCAGGCUUAUUUGGGCGACCCAGCGUUGGAGGCGGCCGCGAAACGAUUGGAUCAGUUCUACCGGCAGACAUUCUGGGCAAACGCCGCCGCGCACAAAGUGUGCAUGGCCGCCCUCGCCCUGGCGAAGAGAGGGUUGAACGUCGACCAGCUGUUCUUCUUCUGGGGGGCUGGCGGCGUCGGGCUUUCGCCGGCGACGGCCCAUCUCGACGCCAUGCUGGGGCACUCCAACCACAAGUAUUUCGACCCGCAGGUGUUCUAUCUGGACGAGGAGACGCGGAAGACGGUGGAGUCGCUCAAGGGCGCAAUCGUUCUCACGGCACAGGAGAAGCCAGAAGGCUUGAAGAAGAGCUUCCGGGAGGACUUGUUCAAGAAGCUGGCGUCUGCCGAUGGCAUUUUUGGUCGACUCCCGUAUCAGAUUUUGACAAAGGUUAUAUAUCUGAUCGGGUGGAAACGCAUGGAGCUCAACAAGCUCAUCACUUUCGACGGAGUCGCUGAGGGUGCAUUCCACGCAAUUUACCGGAGGUCUCUUCUGAUCAAGAUUUUCGCUAGGUUUGUCGAUGCGGAGUGCAUCAGGCGCGCCGUACCGAACGCGGAGAAGUACGGCAUCUUCCCGCGGGCGCCGGAUCUGAAGCCAUUCAUGCAGUCGGUGCCCGCCAUCGCCGCUGGUCUGCAACGACAGCUAGGCGUCGAGCGGAAAUAUGGCGAAGCCGCAGCGAGGUCGGUGAUAGACGACUACUGCCUGCGCGGAGGAGAUCACGGGCUCACGGAGAAACACAUGCGACAGGCGUGCCUUCUUCCGGCGACGAAGCAGCCGCAGCCUGGCGGCCAGAGAAGCGCGGCUGCCCCGCCGCCCGGCGUCGACUUCGACGUCGGAGUGGGCGGAUCGCAGGAGACGGAAGAGCCCAUGGCGCAGUUGCGCCGCCACGUCAUUAAUCAGAUGCUCGAGCGGAGCUUCGACGCCUUGACGUUUCCAUAUUUCAAGCAGAUGCCUGCAGGGCAGGUUCAGGGCGUGCCGGAGAGGAAACCGACGGUGUGGAAGGCGAUGAAGUCCGCCGGUUCGAUGAUAUUGUGCCGGCGCCGAACUUGGAUGAGCCAGACCGUGCUCCCGGAACAGUGGGACCGCGCGGCGCCGAGCCGCUACGCGAACGGCAACGCUUGUCGCAAGCGCAGCAUCGACAUCAUGAUUGAGGCCCUAGGUGCCGUCGCAAAGCCGCGCGGGCGGAAGAAGCGCGGAACGGAGACCGAGAUGGGCGGCGACGCCCAUCUGCGCGCGGUCGGCGCGCCCAUCCAGGCAGGAGAGCUCGCUCUGGAAGGGUUGCUCGAGAGCAUGCGCGGGCGGCCGACCGUGGUGCCCGCCGACGCACCAGCGGAGAAGAAGAGGAAAAUCUCUGCGAAGAAGAGCCUCAGCGGUGGCGCCGACAUGGCAGAGCGCAGCAUUCCCUACACGUAUAGACGCGCAGCGGCCCGUCGCUUCGCGGAGGGCCCGGCGGCGCAGGGGUGCCCGGCGCGCGUUCUACAUCCGGCGUUGCAAGGCGCCGUAGACCUCGACAUCCACAGCGCGGCCCUGGCCAUCACUUGGCAGCUCGUGGAGAAAAUGGACAUGGACGACAAGGGCCUGUUCAGAGAGGAGUUAGAGUUGUUGAAGCGGCUGGCCGAGGACAGGGGCGAGGUACUGCGCGGCGAGUUGCCGGACAUGGGGCCCGAAGCGGCCAAGCGCUUCGUACUCGAGACCAUCGGCGGGUCCCAUCCUUUUGACGUCGAUGCCAAGCCCUUUGCCAAGAAGUUGCAACGCGUGAGCCGCGUACUGCGGUGGCUGGCGUGCUCGGCGUUGCCCGAGAUAUACGAGAGCUUCUGCCAGGACGCCGCGCAGGGCGACGGCGAGAAGACAGAGAAGUGGCCAGAGGGGCAAACGUUUUCGACUUUCUACCAGCGCGCGGAGGACUGCAUCCCCCGCCAGUGGCAGGCGGGGGUGCUAGCGCACCCGGCGAAGCAUGUGUCCCUGCAUUUCGACGGCGUCAGGGUCAGCAGUUACGCGGUGCUCGCCAGCCAUGCCACCGCGGCGGACUACGCCGCUGACGCGAGUGCUUACAUCGCGAGGGAAACAGGCUUCGUAGUCAAAAUCACAGAGAAGACCCACCCGACGAUCGCGGAGGCACUUACGAGCUGCAAGGCGUGGCGGCCGGUGCAGGCACCAGCGGCGCCCAACGACCUACUGAAGCCAGGCAAUGGCAUUCUGUUGGCGUUGUGGCGAUGCGGCGACGCCAGGGUGUCCACGUCCGUUGAAUCUGGCGCCGGCGCCACGUCCGUGGAGAACAAUGCUGCCGGCGUGGAGAAAGGGAGGACGUAUGCGGAGUGUUGCCUGGGGCACGGCGUGUCAAUGACGCUGCAGCUGGGUUUCGAUGCUUGCGUGAAGGGCCACUAUCUUCUCCACAUGGAUGGGGGCGGUUCGCCAUCGUGCGCACUCGUCCACGUGGGGGCUGAGCUCGACAAGGCGACCUUUAUUUUCAUGGUAAAGCCGGCGAGGCCCGCGACCCCAGACCCCUACCUGCCUGGCGGCAGCAAGCGGCAGUGGGAGGCCAAGGUUGCUGCUUGGCGCAAUGAGAUGUCCCGACUUCUUGACGAGGUGCCGGUUGAUGCGACGGAAUUGGCGGCUGCCGAUGAGCUCGGCGUCUGGAUAGAGCCUUCGCCGCCCGCCGUGCGCGGCUGUCCCGCGCUCCUGCAAGCUGGAAGCAGCAUCCUGCUCGCCUACGGCAUCCUGGCGCGGGACUUCCGCGGCUUCAUCGAUUAUUGCGCGCGAUUUCCUGUGCCUGGGGAUGCGGAGCGUCGCUACGCCGACUGGGUCCGCCGCGUCGAGGAAGUCGAGGGCGCGUUGUUGCACAUCACUGACAGCAGUGAAUGCACACUCGACGUCGAUUUGACAACUGGGCGGAGAUCGCGGGGGACCGCGGCCGAUGGGCGCGUCAUGGGCGCCGACGACGAUCCGCUGGGAGGCAUGGUGCAUGGGGGCGAGGGAUCCAAUGCAUGUCUUAGCUCUGCUCUGAAUGCGUUGGGGGCACAGGUGCCGACCGGCGUGCAGGGCCCAUUCCGCGCGGUCGAGCACGGGAACCAAUGGCUGUCACAUCUCGGCCUCGCCCUGAUCCGGCAGCCUCGGGGCCCGACCGGCCCAGGGCGUUACGCCAGGUGGGGGCCGCCGCGGCGCCCUGGGCCGCGCGGCGCGAAGCGCGUCGGCCACUUCACAGCCGUUAUACUGCGGCCAGGCGGCGCCACUGUGAUAGACCGCCGAACAUGCCUGCCAGCGACUCGCGAGUGGCGAGCGUGGAGCGACAUUCCGGACGUGGAGGGGCACAAGUGGUUCUUGUUGGUGGAGCUCGGCGCGCGGGGGCCAGGGCCCGAGGGCGGCCGCCCUCUUCCAUGGGGCACGACUUCGGAUAUGAUCGAAACUCACCAGCUGGACGCGCUCAUCCGUCGGCGCGCGGCUCGCGAACGAGCGGCCCCCUAUGGGCGGGCUUUGUCGUUGGGCUCGCUCGCGCCGCAGGAGGCGGCCCGAGUAUCAGCACACCGAGAGGAGGCAAUGCGGCGCAGAUCUUCGCGUCUGUUUUGCCCGUUGCCGCCAGUGGGGUGGCCUGGCACUCAGGUGCCGCCAGUCCCGUGCGAGUUCGCACUCGAGCUGCCGCGUCUUCCGAAGAUUCGCUUACUCGAGCGGCUCAACGCUCACCCUCGGGACUCUCAGUUGCACUUCGUCGAGGAGUCGCACUCGUGCUGCAUUCGCGGCGCGCGAACGCAUGGGUCAGUCACGGGGUUGAUACACGAGUACUCGAGUGGUUUCGACGCUUGUGCAGUGAUUGAGAAGAUGCGGAACGGGCGGAACUGGCCGCGACCGGAUUAUUUGCGCCGCCCUUGCCCGGAAGACGCGGUCGUGGCGCUGCGGGCCGCGCCGGAGGCUGCUCGCCUGCACGAGUUACUUGUGUCGCACGGUGCCGGCGACGCCGAGAUCUGCGCCGAGGUGAAGGCCACUGCGAGAGCGGCUCCCCGCCUGGCAUGCCUGAUGGAGAGUUUAUCCCUCUCGGAUCCGGAGAUCGUGGAGAAAUGGCGCCUGAACAAGGAAGAGGCGGCUAGGCGGGGCACCUGGAUGCACUGGACGUUCGAGGCCCACCUCAGCCGCGUUCCGGUACCCCACGACGCCGUGGAGUUCCAGUUAUUCCUGAAAUACUUGGGCGCGCUGAGAGGUCUGACGGCUUUCCGCGCCGAGUGGGCCAUAUUCGCCGAGCACGAGGGGCUUGCUGGGUCAAUCGAUUUCGUGGCUCGAGACUCCGCGGGCAGCUUGUGCAUAUACGAUUGGAAGCGGGCGAAGAAUUUACGUUCAAAGUACACGAACCCGUGGCAGAAUAUGAAGUUUCCAUUGAGCCGAUGGCCAGACUGCCAGGGAAACCAUUACCGGGUGCAGCUCAACAUUUACAGGUGGAUGCUGGAACGUUACUACGGCGCCCGCGUGGCUGCGAUGUAUGUGGUCUGCCUGCAUCCGGACAACGGCGACCAGCCAUUCGUGGACGACGUGUCGGUGAUCCCAGAGAUCGAGGAGCUCAUGGCCAUUCAACGCACGAGGCCCCGAGAGUUGCGAGCCAUGGCAUCGGAAGACGCCAGCGAGAUGGACCCUCUGGGCGGCUGGCCGCGGCCAGUCGUAGCGGCGCGCUUGCCAUAA